UAAUUGAUUAGUAUUUCCAAGGCUUGGCUCGACACGCGUAGAAUCGAUUAUGUUGUCUACAGACCCAGAAUCCUUUGCGGGAAAUCAUGGCUGGCGUGUUGAAGAAGACCACGGGCUUGGUGGGCCUGGCCGUGUCCCAGAAUCCACACGAGCAACUGAGGAUCCUGUACUCUAAGAUCUUGGCCUGUGUGCAGAAGAUGCCAGAGGAUGCCGCGUACAGGAAGUACACCGAGCAGAUCGUCAACGAAAGGUUCAACCACGUCAAAACGGAGCCUGAUAUUGAGAAGCUGGAGAAGAAAAUCAACAGUGGGCAGAUAGAAGAGGUCAUUUCACAGGCAGAGAGCGAGCUGUCUCUCUCCAGGAAGAUGAUGGAGUGGAAACCAUGGGAACCGCUGGUUGAGGAACCCCCUCCUGACCAAUGGAAAUGGCCUAUUUGAAGCGUGAAGUAAAUGGUACUCUAAAUGCGCCUAAUAAAAUCUUCCCAGUCUUGAUAUGGAUAAUCUCCAAGAUUUGUCAGUGUCAGUGUAAAUAUUUAAUAAAUGUUUAAGUCACAA